GCAAACUCCAAAUAUACAGGCGUCAGGGUCGGGAUCGAACUACGGCCUCCUGUAUACCAGGCGAGGGAAUUUAAAUCUCAUCUUGAGAUAUCCCUCACGGCCCUGCAAGGCGUGGGGAGGCUCUCAGCCAGCAGCAGAUAGCCACACAAGUCGUGCAUGUACAUGCUCAACAACAACAACACGUUACUGAAACGUCUGAGCAAUCCUCGGAGGGACUGCUUCUCAAUCAUGUGAGGCCAUCUGCUGUCAAGGGACACUCAAGAAGAGCCUGUGUGACAUUAGUCGCAAGUGUUGCUCACUCUGCCAAAGCUUUAAUAUACAGUGAAAAACCUCCACAUGUACUUUACAGUGUAGUAUCACAUGCUAUAUCGUCUAUACGCCUCUACAAAUUAAAUAUGAGUGCAGUCAAUAAUUCAGAUGUUACGGUAUCACAGUCGGAAGGAGACACCGCAAAUCCUACCAGGAUGCGAUUUGCGUAAAUCCGACCGACAGCUUUCCAUGGCAAUGGCCCACCCAGCACUGAGUUGCAGUGUCGCAAUGAGGUGCAGACACGAGACUGAUUGGGAUGGAUGGAGAUCGAGCCACGGAAUCUCUCUGUCUGACCAGGUGCACACACACACACGACAGUGAAUCCCAGAGUUUCUCUCCUUCACCGCGCGGUGGCAGUAUAAUCCAAGAAAACAACGCAUUGGCUGGCGUGUGUAAAAACAAAAACCAGUCCAGUUUUGUAUGGCCUGGAAGAUGAAGAACGAACGCGCUGGGCGUGUUAUUCUUGAGCCCGUGUGGUUGACGUCAGGCUAUAUAGAGAGGUCGCCUGCUUGAGAAGAGCGACCCAUCUGCGUGGCAGCAGCAGCAGACAAUUGCGCCCGCAGAGGAGACUUUUUUUGUCGUUGUUGUAAAAUCGAGCCCAUUUUUACGAGAUUUCGGUAACCUCGCACGCCGGAAGGAAGGUGGGAGUGGCGGUGGCGUUGGGGCUCUUUUCUCCUCUUGUGUAGGCUGCGUCGCAACAAAAGGGGCGAGAAAAUCAGGCGCUUGCCAGCCCCCAGGCUGUCCUGGGAAUCCAGCGUGGCACGGACGUGGACGCGUGACGAGAGGCGGGCAAGGUUGCUGUGAAAGACAACGGCGACGUUUCUCACGGAUUGCUCGGGCGAGCCGCUCCGAUCGAUUUGGACGUUCGUGAUUUCUCUCCGUGACCGCGUUGUUAUUGUGCUGACCGGCCGGAGCCGGAGAGGUUUUGGACUUUAAUCCGGUUCCCGAAGUCACCUGCCCAACCGACCUGCACGUCUUGCUUCCUAACACCCGAGGAUGGACAUCAAGACGGCAGCUGCGGCUCAAAGCGGCGCUGCUGGUGCUACUUCUGCUGGUGCUGCUGGAAGAGCAAGUGGAGAUGGCAGUCAUCGUCCAUCUGCUACUGAUGCCGGUGACCCUACUGCUGCUCCCGCUGGCGAAAGUGACGUCGGCCCUCCUGGUGCUGCAGCUGCUGCUGCCGCUCCUACUACUGCUGGAGUUGGUGGCGGUGUUGCUGCGGAUGGAGCUCACGGUGGACAAAAGCUCACCUGUCCAGCGGCCGAAACCUCCGCUGGAUCCACCGCGAAGGCCAAGAGAAGGACCUUCUACCUCGGCGACAGGAUGCGCGUCGCGUCCACAGCGAAAGGUGGCCCCGACCACGGCUACGAUAUCUGCUUCAACUUCUUGAGGCACUCCUUCGACACCCUGCUGCUCUUCUUUCUCGGGCUCUGCUCCCCCGCGCUUCGGGUCAUCCUGGACGUGCUGGGCUUGGGAGGAGGCGUCCUCAAGUAUGGCCUCUACGGCAUGGCCAUCUUUUUGGUGUCCGUGUACGGGCUGUCCUUCGUGUUCACGCUCAUGAGGACCUACAUCGUGGAGACUUCGAUUGUGUUCGCCGUCCUGCAGUGUCUGGUGCUGGCGGUCAGCCUGAGGAACAGCGACUGCUGAGGGCAUCUUUCAGAUGUCCUCUGCGUGUGGGCGGCGUGUGUGGGUGCUUCAUUUUCAGCCACCAGUUUAUGAGGGAUCUUGUCGGUCCUUGACCAUCCGUGAAGGCGGCUGAUACCACUUGCGAUGAUUGAUGUCGACAGUGAGUGUGCGUAAUAUUGGUCGGUGUCAGCGGGGGGGGGGGGGGUGAUGACUUCUGUGACAGGACCAGCCAGCAAACCCUUGAUGCCCCGAGUUUCCCUUUUCUCGUCAUUCGAAUGGAAAUGUGAGCUUUGCAUGCGUCCUUUUAAACAAUCUCCCAUCUCGUAUUCGUGCUGUGAAUCGGGGAUAUAACUUUUAUUAUUGUUGUUAUUAUUAUCCAGUGAUUUUAUAAAUAUACCACCGAGACUCCCCCCCCCCCCC